UUUUUUUAUUAUUCAAAUCGGGCGAAAGUUAGGUCAAAAGAUUCACCUCGAUUGCGAUAAUUCAACCUACCUGGUCACGUGGAUAACCCUUUCACCACAAUGCCUGCCGCAACUCGCUCGCUCGAGUCCAUGGUGCUUCAAGCACAUCGCGCGAAAGGUGUACACUACCCGACUGCGGCGCAGAAAGAUUGCUUCAAGACGUGGUACUCAUAUGCCCUCCGUCAGGGUGAGGCACAGAAGACAAGCCCUAAGAUUAUUCAGGAGCAUGGGAAGUAUCUACGGGAAUUAAGGGAAGCAGCGCCGGGUGGAAGGACGUAUCUGUGAUCAGGUAUUAGAGUUAAAACGCUUCCUGAAAUGUGUUUGGACAAUGGAUAUAUGGCGAAUAUACAAACUCGUUUGCUUUGAGUUCGCUUUGGCCCAGCGGUCCGUAACAAGACACAGUUCUCGUCCUUUCGUAUUAUAUCUAUACGAUUCCUUAACCUGAAUCCUAUCGCGGCGGCGCUAUGGAUGCCUCAAAUAUGAUAGUUGGUCUAGUCG